UACGAAUGUUUUCACAUGUAUAUUGGCUACCUCCCGGCCGCAGAGCUGGCGUCGGUGACGGCGCUGGACAAGAACGGCCUGCAGGUGGUGCUGGCGGUGGCGCGCGCCGCGGCCGGCGCGGAGCUCACCAUGCGCGCCACCUCCAGCCUCGCGCACACGCUCACAGACUUCCUGUUCCAGGCCGCCGUGCCCAGGACAUUCCAACUAGACAUGAUGUCACCAUCCGGCACCGUACUGCCGCCACAGGGUGAGAUCACGCAAGUACUCAAGAUAACUAAUCCAUCCAGGUCGGCGCUGCGGCUGCGGAUACGAGUGUCGUACAACGUGGAGGGCUCCCCCGUACUGGAGCAGGCGGAGGUCAACAACUUCCCGCCGGAACUGUUCUACUGACGAGCGCCGCGCCGCACUCCGCAGCGCCCGCGGCCCGCGCGGCUGCGGAGCGGGACCCGGGGCCGCUAGGCGUGGGGACCGGCCUUUAUACGUAACGAGGUUUAUUCAUAUAUACGUUGUUGUUGCACACCAGCAAGAGCUAUAGGGUGCGUGCUAGCACAAACACCCUAGAAUAUCAGCUUGUAACAGUCCCUCUGCUAGGCAAAGAUGAGAAUAUAAUGUGGGUUCACUGCAAUCCGAAACAGAUUGAUCAUGCCCAUGAGACGAAAAUAUUAGAAUUAUUCUGAGGUUCUCGGGCUCAUCGAGCAGUUAACAAGAUCUUAUUGAAUUGCAAUACGUUCGGCUUAGCCCACGCCUAUGCAUGCAUCUAAUUUUAACUCAUCUCGAUAAUCGAUGACCGUCUCCACGUCUGAAUGAUGUCGAACACCGCGACGAAGACUGACCACAGGCCACCUCUGCCGUACACAGCCGUCAG